AUGGUUAAGCUCUACCAAAAAGAGCAUGGUUAUGUUGGAGGCAGUGUAAUCUCUCCAAAAAAGAUCAUGUCCGACAUUGGGCAUCUUCAAGUUGGUCGCCAUGCAUGGAUAAGGAUACAAUUCAUACAUUGGGGCUUAAACCGUCCGACAUACAAGACCAAGACUUUGUGGAACGUGGUGGACCAGACUCUGGAGCACUUGCGCAGUGAAUCCUCAAGGUAUCGUUAUGCAUUCUAUGUGCUGGUCUUACAAACUGACCUAUUUAUGAACGGAAAGAGGACAUUCGAAGAAUUGAAAGCAAUGACCAAGUUUACAUUACCUACAGAGCAAGAGAUUCAAGAUACUAUAGCAGGCCUCGAUGAUUCCUUUGGAGACGAGGCAGCAGGACCUGAUGAAGAACUAUACGAGGCAGAGGAAUUAGGAGCAGAGGUGGUGAAUGGACAAGAUGAGGAAGAAGAUGAGGAAGAAGAGGUAGAAGAUGAGGAAGAAGAUGAGGAAGAAGAGGUAGAUGAGGAAGAAGAGGUAGAUGAUGAAGAAGAUGAAGAAGAUGAAGAAGAGGUAGAAGAAGAAGAAGAUGAAGAUUUGUAA